AGAUCAUUUUGGUGUUUGCUCUGGACUUGAACCAUGGCCAAGAACAUCCUCAAAACUCCAGCACUUCUUCAGUACAUUCUUGAAACAAGUUCCUAUCCAAAAGAGCACGAACAAUUGAAACAACUUAGAGAAACAACAAUUCAGAAGUAUGGGAAAUUGAGUAUAAUGAAUGUGCCUUUGGAUGAAGCACAAUUCAUAUCUAUGCUUCUUAAAAUUAUGAAUGCUAAAAAAACAUUAGAAAUUGGAGUCUUCACUGGUUAUUCUCUUCUUGCUACAGCUCUUGCUCUUCCUUUUGACGGCAAGGUAAUAGGAAUUGAUAAGGAUAAAGAAGCGUACGAGACAGGAUUGCCCUUCAUUCAGAAGGCAGAAGUUGAGCACAAAAUUGAGUUUAUCCACUGUGAUGCAUUAUCAGGCAUCAUCAGUCUUAUUGAUGGCAAACAUGAAGAAUCAUUUGAUUAUGCAUUUGUGGAUGCUGACAAGGAAUCCUUCACAAAGUAUCACGAGCUGUUGUUGAAAUUGGUGAAGAAGGGUGGAAUAAUUGCAUAUGACAACACAUUAUGGUCUGGUUCAGUGGCCAUGUCUGAGGAUGAGGAAAUGGAAGAUACAAUAAGGCCAAAAAGAAAAGUUGCAAUUGAAUUCAACAACUUUAUAGCAAAUGAUACUCGCAUUGAAUCAACAAUCCUUUCUAUUGGGGACGGUGUAACUCUCUGCAGAGUUCUCUAAGGCAUCAAAGGAACAAAGAAAUAACAGCAGCAAAUGUUAUGUGUUUUUUAAAUAAACAGUUGUUGAAAUAAACAAUAAAUAUAUAAUUUUAAUUUCUAUUAUGAAUAAACAUGUUAAGAGUUCUUUAAAAAAAAAAAUGUUAAGAGUUGCACAUUGGAGGAGAUAAGAAGUGGCGAAUGUAGGAAUACAACUCCCACAAACGACAUGGAUGAUUUGAAGUGAACAAAUAUUGACAGCCAGAGGAUGAUGGUUUUGACUCCUAUCGAAGAGCGGUGUAUUCAUAAGCACUCUGCCUAUCAUGUUAAAAGUGAGUGUACUUUUCUCUUGUUACAUGUCCUUAGAUAGGUCAAACGCAAUCCAACACUAAUUUUGGAUCUGCGUGUGAUCUCCAUCAUGUGGUGCCGAUUAAGAUCAUCAAAUUUUCUAGUGUUCAUUGUCAAUGCAACUCCAUAAUAUAUUUCUUAGUGAUUAAACUUGUUAA